AUGGAAGCUUUAAUAAAUGUCCAAAAAAAACUUAUGACUUCCAUAAAUAAGGCUUUCAUAAAUUUUAAGAAAUGCCCGAAAGAUAGACUGUCACCCGAGUAUAUCGAAAUCCGGUUAGAUAAUUUAGAGCGGGAUUGGUUGCUUUUUAGGGAUAAUGACAAUAAAUUGUAUAAUAUUCCAGAACUAUCUGAAUUUGUAAAUACAGAAUAUGUUAAGAAUGAAUCGGCUCCAGCUCUAAAAGACUUGCUUGACACAACCACUGACUGUUUAAGCGCAUUAGAGCAAGAACGAGAUCUUACAAAACAACCGGUAGAAUCAGUCAAUCUUUCUACUAGUACUAAUCAAAUAACAUCAUGUAUUUCUACUGCUAAAGUUAUUAAAACUAAACAAGUAUUAUUAGCCACUGCAUUGCUAAAGGCACAAACAAAGACAGGUGAAUUUCAAUUGAUAAGAGCUUUAAUUGACCAAGGCUCACAGGCCUCUUUUAUAACUGAAUCAGCUGUGCAAUUCUUACGUUUGAAGAAAAUUCCUGUUAAAGGAAUAAUAUCUUGUUUAGGAAAUUCCAAGACCGUAAAUGCUACACAUAUGGUUAUCACUAAUAUACAAUCACGUAUUGAUCCUCAUUUUGUUAUUCAAAUACACGCUUAUGUCCUCAAUAAUAUUACAUCAUAUCUACCUGAAACAAAAGUAGAAUCUCUUGAUUGGUUAGAUAUAAAGGAUAUAAAUUUAGCAGAUCCGCAGUUCAACACUCCCAAUAGAAUAGAUAUGUUACUGGGUGCUGACAUAUUUAGCUGUAUUUUGAAGGAAGGUAUGAGAAAGAACCCAAUUGGAAACCUAGUAGCACAAAGCACAAGUCUUGGGUGGAUUCUUUCGGGCGUGGUCGAAACAACAGGAAAAUGCAAACCUGUUAAUAUUAGUAUAUCCUCUAUGCAUGUUCGGGUUAAUGAUGAUGAAAUACUAAAGAAAUUUUGGGAAAUUGAAGAACAACAGCCUCGAUUAAGUAAGUUACCAACUGAGGAAGAACAACGAUGUGAAGAAUUUUUUAGAGCUACAACUACAAGAACGGAGUUAGGAAGAUACGUGGUAAGUCUACCAUUCAAAACUGAAGAACCAUUUUGCACCGGAGGCAAUUCUAGACACAUUGCGAUAAAAAGGCUAGAAGCAUUAGAGAAGAAAUUAGACAAGGACAACGACUUGAAAAACAAAUACAUUGAAGUUAUAAAUGAAUACCUUAAAUUAGACCAUAUGAGACCUGUUAAGGAAACUGAUGAUAUGACGGAAUUCGCUGUAUAUUUGCCGCACCACGCUGUAGUAAGAAAUGACAAAUCUACUUCAAAAGUACGUGUAGUUUUCAAUGCGUCAAGCCCAAAUAAUAAAGGAGUUUCUUUGAAUGAUACUCUCAUGGUUGGACCAACUCUACAAGCUGAUCUGCGUCAUAUUAUUAUGAGAUGGCGAUUACAUCCCAUUGCAUUAGUAGCAGAUAUUAUUAAAAUGUAUCGUCAAGUAAGGAUCAAUGAAAAUGAUGCUAUAUAUCAAAGAAUUGUAUGGCGCAAUAAACCUGAAGAUGAAAUAAAGGACUAUGAGUUGGUAACGGUGACAUUUGGAACAGCUUCCGCACCUUUUCUAGCAGUACGAGCCAUGCAUCAAUUAGCUUAUGAUGAAGGUAAGCAUUAUCCUAUAGCUGCAGAUAAUGUCUUAAACAAUUUUUAUAUGGACGAUCUGAUGUCAGGUUGUUCAACAGUUCAAGACGGUAUAGAACUAUACACACAACUAACACAAUUAUUAAAAAAAGGAGGAUUUCAGUUACAGAAAUGGAAAAGUAACGAUAAAGAUCUACAGAAGCAAAUAGAAACGUGUGAGGCGGAAGAAAAAAGAGAAUGGAAGGAAAAUGAAAACGUGGACACAAGUACAAGUGAUGAUAUACAUAUUACUUUAGAUGACACAAUAAAAAUACUGGGACUUACCUGGAAUUGUGAUAAGGACUAUUUCCGAUAUUUGGUUCACCUCCCGGCAUUAUCAGGACCUGCAACAAAAAGAUCUGUCCUAUCCGAUAUAGCGCGUUUAUUUGAUCCUUUGGGCUGGAUCGCUCCUGCUGUAAUUUUAGCAAAAAUAUUUAUCCAAAAGCUUUGGUUAUCUGGAAUAGGAUGGGAUGAAGUUCUUUCCACAAAAUUAUUGAAAGAAUGGGAAACAUACCGUGAAGAAUUACAACAAGUUUCAAAGGUCCACAUCCCUCGAUGGGUUGGUACCGCGACUGAUAGCUCUAAUGUAGAGCUUCAUGGAUUUUGUGAUGCGUCGAAAUUAGCAUAUGCAGCUGUAAUAUAUAUUAGAGUUCUUGAUAGUACUGGAAACGUCAAUACUUCGUUACUUGUUGCUAAAACACGUGUUGCCCCAGUAAAACAAGUGAGUAUCCCGCGUUUGGAACUAUGCGGCGCCGUGUUACUUGCCAAAUUAUUAUACGAGGCAACCGAAGUCUUACAUAUUGAAAAGAGUAAGGUCAAAGCAUGGACAGACUCUACAAUAGUGCUUUCAUGGUUGAAUAGCCACCCAAGUAGAUGGAAGACAUUUGUAGCCAAUAGGGUUUCAGAAAUAUUGAAUCUGAUAGAUUCAUCUCAUUGGCAUCAUGUGUCUUCUAAGGACAAUCCCGCUGAUUGUGCAUCCAGAGGAGUUCAACCGGCUUUAUUAUCAGAAUGUAUGCUUUGGAUAUCCGGUCCUUCAUUUUUACAAAAUAGUAUGAUAGAAUACAAACGGCCAAUAGAUUUGGAUACACAUGUAGAAGAAAAUAGAUAUAAAUGGACUAAACAAAUACCCGCGCCUAAACUCAAUGAUGUAGUUCUUAUUAAAGAGGACAAUCUCCCUCCAAAAAGGUAUUACUAA